AUGUCCUCUCGCCGCCGUGGAUUGACUCCCACCCCCGCGAGCUCAUCCCCGCAGACCAACAAGCGCCGUUCUCCCACUCCGACUCCCACCUCAAGCCUGCCAAAGUCGCCGCGCACCGGACGCGCUUCCGCCGGCCUCAUGAACUCGAGUUUCGGAUUUGCGCUCGACACCGCCCACCAAGGGGGAAGUCUCUACUCGGCCGGCAAGACGUUCCACGAGUUUUCAAUUUCGGCAUUGGCACUUGGACAGUCUGAGGCGACCAACUCGGCCGCCACGGUCCUCCAGGCCAUCAUCGAGGCGGGAGACGGAUCCAACGGGACUGCCACCUCGGAGCAGAUUGUCGAGGAGCUCACGGGCACGUUGCUUUCCGACAAGGGCAAGCACGACACCGACAAAGGCGCUGCAGCCGGACAGCACCGCCCGAAGAAGGCCCGCAUCACCAAGGAUGGCGGGGAGGAUGCCGGCGAGGCCGUCGUCAGUAUCAGUGCUGGUGACGUUGCCGGUGCCAGCAAGACCGUCGUUGAGACCACCACCACUGCCAUCGACGCCCCACAGUCCAAGCACUCUGUGAUGACGAGCUUUUUCCCGUCAACCAACCUCGUGUCCCCCUUGUCGCAGCUCCCCCUCAUUUCCACUCCUCCUCGCUCCAUCACUCCCGCGCCCACCCCAGGGUUUGGUUCAGCAAUGCUGUCGCACGGACCCCUCCGCAUCCUCACCCCGCACCCAACGCCGACACGCACCACUGAGACCAAGGUUGAGACCAAGACCAUCGAAGUGGGACCUGUGGACCUCGCCCCGAUCCACCCCUUCCUCCGCAUCCUGGACCUCAAGGCUGUUACCGCCGAGAUACAGGUCGUGGACCAAAAGCUCCAGGCGCUCUCGGUCCAAGCCACAGCCCUGACGGCUCGCCGCGCAGAGCUUAUUGCUCGCGCCGAAGAACUCAGUGCGGAGGCCCACGCCAUGCAAGAGCAGAUCUCCACUGAGACAGGAUCAGUCAUGGCAGAGUACCGUGCCGUGGCCCAGACUGUUAUGGAGCUCGUGCCCCGUGUCUCCACCGUCCAUGUGGCCCACCGCACGACGAGCCUCCAGACCUCUGUCGCGUCCCAGAUGGCUACCCCGUCCAGGCCUGAUGGCGUGCUUCUCACCAUUGCGGAUGUGGACAACGAGGACGAAUCAUUUGACAAGUCGUUUGACUCAUACUAUGCCAACGCCCAGCACAGUGCCGACACGUCUGUAAACGGCGAGACCUCGCCCGCUCCCAAUGCCAACAGGGAUGUGGACUGGAGAACCGACAGUGAUGACGAGGACCCCUUCCACUUUGACAAGAUGGACGUUCUCAAUGACCCCGACAUCUAUCCUGACUUCUUCGCCUCCUCUAGGAGCGGCCCAGCGCCGAUGUAUUCCACCCCCCAUCCAUCUUCGGAAGUCUUGCCUCGUAGCCCCUCUACCACAUCACUCAGCAACGAAGAAACAGGCCUUUUGCCGCCCCCCGCGGAAACGACCAGCAACAAGCCUCCGUCACCUGACGUUCCUUCGGACGCUUGGAAUCCCAACGACGAUGCGGAUGUCCUCCUCAGUCCAGGUCCACGCAAUAAGACUCGCCUCCUCUCUUCCAACAGCGCCAAGAACGCCAUCCUCCCUAUCAGUAUCCACUUUUCUGUCGACACCGACUCUGGCCCCCCCAGCGGUUCCACCGACCAAUCCGACAGCUCGGCGAUUUCAUCCAUUGCUCUCGUCACCCCGACUACUCCAACUGCACACGCAGCCGACGACGAUGCAUCAGGUGAACUGAGCGACGAAGAAGAGGAGGAAGAAGAACCCCGUACCCCAGUCAUUCUCUCUCCUGCCGCCGCGGCCUAUGUCCCCCAAGGUCAGAUCCUUCUCCGUCGUCUUUCCACAAAGUUCAGCUGCCAUCGUUUUGGCGGGCGCACCGCCGAACAAACGUACGCUCUCAUCGAGGUGGCUUGUGAGGCUCGGCUCCGCCUGGGCUUGAACGACAAGCGUUGGCUUCCCGACCCCAAGACUCAACCACCUCGUUCACCCCGCCCCUCGGACCAGCUUUUAGAGGACACCCACCAGCUCAUGAAAUGGAUCGAGGUCAACCACCCGCCCUCGUAUACGCCACACGUCAACUACCGUUCGCCCAUCGAGCCAGUCGCAGCUGAGCGCCGUCACGGUGUAGUAUUUACCGCUUGCCGGUACGACAUGCCACCGCCCAACGAGAUGGUGCAGACUGAAACGGAGGAAAUACUCACCGAGGAGGUCGCCACGGAUUUGCAGGGGGAUGCGGCGACACAGAAUGAGAGGGGAACGGGGUGGUUUAAUAGCAUCAAGAACAAGCUCAAGAAGAAGCGUUCGCGCGCAGACAACUUGUUCGGAGCUGCGUAG